AUGCAAUCGAUUGAAACAAUAGUAAAUAAAGCAUGUCAACGACAGGAUGAACUAAUUAAACAAUUGACUAACGAGUUAAAAGAUACGAAAGAUGAAUUAAGGCUGGUACAAAAUGAUUUGAAUCAACUGGAGCAAUAUGGAAAGCGACGUGAUCUUCUUAUGUAUGGAAUUUCAUAUACGAAAGAUGAAAAUGUCACUGAUAUUGUCUUAAAAUUAGGUAAUACAUUGGAUUUAACACUAAAGAAAAAUGAUUUUAACGCAAUUCAUCGUUUACCACCUACAAAAAAUUCAGUGGACAAGACGAAACAAUCAAUUAUUGUUAGUUUUCUGAGAUUUACUGAUCGUAACGCUUUUUAUUCGUCUCGGAAACGUUGCCGUGACCAUGAUGAGUUCAAGAACGUAUUUAUCAAUGAACAUUUGACCUAUUAUAAUAACCAAAUAUUCAACCUUGAUACCAUCCUCGAUGUUAUACGGUGCUCCGAUUACACAAAAGAAGUAGUUAAAUACUUAGGUAUGUUUUUUACGAGUGACAUGUCGUGGACAUAUCACACUGAGAAGGUACAUACUAAGGCAUCGUCUAUUGUAGGAUUAAUGAAACUGCAUAAGCUUUUAUUGACUAAAAAUGCACUUGAAAUUAUUUUUAAAUCUUGUGUACUAUCAAUUUUGAACUACGGUGUUAGCAUUUACUCAUUGACUACAUCGAGUAAUUUGAAUAAACUGGAGAGUAUGCAGUAUUAUGCUGCUUUAGCCACCUUAGGAGCAAUGAAGGGAUCAGCGAAGGACAAAUUAUUUGAUAUUUUAGGUUGGAUCCCAAUAAAAGAUCAUUUUAGAAUACUUCGUUUGUUAUGUUUUACAGAAAUAGUAAAAGGUUUUACUCCUCAAUAUGUUACUGUUCAUUUGCAACGCCAUCAGCCUCAUGAUAGAUAUAGUUUACGUAGUAAUCAAAAAUCUACAAUCGAUCCGAUAGACAGUACUGACGACGAUUUUUUUACUGUAGUAACUUAA